CGCACGCUAGACGGCAGCGCCCGCUCACUGGGGAGGACACCAUCCCAUCCCCCGCCCCCAGGGAAGUAGCACGAUGGCGGCCGCGGGGGGUCCCUCCGCGCCACCCCACUCUCGAGCCGUGAGUGAGCUCUGCCAGAACGCCCGAGACACCUUUCUGGAGGCCUCACGGCUACUUCUCACCUACGCGGACAAUAUCCUCAGACACCCAAAUGAAGAAAAAUAUAGGUCUAUUCGGAUUGGAAAUCCAGCAUUUUCGACUCGGUUGUUACCUGUCAGAGGAGCAGUUGAAUGUUUGUUUGAAAUGGGAUUUGAAGAGGGAGAAACUCAUCUUGUUUUUCCUAAGGAAGCCUCAAUUGAACAACUACACAAAAUCCGAGAUCUGAUUGCUGGAGAGAGAAAUAGCAGAUUAAGUGAAUCAAGUCAAACCCAAAGAUCAGGAUCUUCUCAAACUGUAACCAGUAUGCAGCCUAUUGUACCUCAGUCUUCAACAGCUGUUGACUCAACCCCAAUCCCUGUCAAUAGGCAACUACAAACAUCAACUGCACAAUCUGCUGCAAUGGAGGCUGAAACAAUCUUCUUUAAAACCCUUCAAUCAAACUUUCAGCAUGUGCAAGUGUAUGAGAACCAGUCUCUUCAGAAGAAAGCAUUGGCUUCUAUUCCAGUCCAAGCAUUGAAAGAGAGAGCUCAAGAAAAGUUAGCACAAGCCAAAAAAGUGGAUGAAGGAACCCAUGUGAAUGAAGAUGAUUUUUUAUUGUUGGAGCUCUUGCAGUGGUUUAAGGGUGAAUUUUUCCAAUGGGUGAAUAGCCUUCCUUGCAGCAAGUGUGGUGGUCAGACAGAAUCUAAAGGUAUCUUAUCACCUAAUGAUGAAGAUCUGAGAUGGAAUGCAAACAGAGUUGAAAAUCAUCACUGUAACCAGUGCCAGUUCAGCAAUAGAUUCCCAAGGUAUAAUAAUCCUGAGAAACUUCUGGAAACAAGAUGUGGGCGUUGUGGAGAGUGGGCUAACUGUUUUACACUGUGCUGCAGAGCUAUAGGAUUUGAAGCUAGAUAUGUCUGGGAUUCAACAGAUCAUGUGUGGACUGAGGUAUAUUCUUCAUCCCAGCAGAGAUGGCUUCAUUGUGAUCCUUGUGAAAAUGUCUGUGAUAAACCUCUUCUCUAUGAGAUUGGCUGGGGAAAGAAGCUCUCCUAUGUAAUUGCAUUCUCCAAGGAUGAGGUUGUUGAUGUCACCUGGAGAUAUUCCUGUAAACACGAAGAAUUACUUUCUAGAAGGACACAGGUCAGAGAAGCAGCUUUGCGUGAAACCAUAGAGAGGCUUAAUAAACUGAGACAACAAUCCUUGUCAGAAAGCAGAAAGAGAGUGCUCCUGGAGAGGAUAAUUGUGGAGCUUGUUGAGUUCAUUUCUCCCAAAACUCCUAAACCUGGUGAACUUGGUGGAAGGAUAUCUGGUUCAAUGGCUUGGAGAGUAGCCAGAGAUGAAAUUGGUUCAGAGAUGAGAAAAGAAGUCAUUUUUAUUCCAUCUGGGAAAGAGAAGACGUCUAAACUCUUCCACCUCAGUUACAAUAUAGUGGAAGAUAGCUAUACACGAGUUUCCAAUAAUAAUGAAAAAAUCACUGGCUGGGAGAAAGGUGUGUGGAAGACGGAGUCUGUAUGGAGAAAGGUUGAAACGGAUUGGAAAAUGGUUUAUUUAGCCCGAAAAGAAGGGUCAUCCUCUGCUUACAUCUGCUGGAAGUUUGAGUGUGGGUCAGUUGAUCUAAAAAUAGACAAUGUUUCCAUUAGAACGAACAGUCAGACGUUUCACAGUGGAAGAAUAAGGUGGAGAUUGCGCUCCAACAUAGCAGAAGUUGAUCUGACUGGAGAUAAAAUUCUUCGCUCCUAUUCAGAUUUCUCUGAUGCAACAGAAGUUAUUUUGGAAGCUGAACUAAGUGGAGGGGAUGGUGAUAUUGCAUGGCAGCACACCCAGCUGUUUAGAGAGAGCUUAAGUAACUCUGGAGAAAAUUGUUUGGAGAUAAUUAUAAAACUCAUUGGUCUCUGAGAAUCUAAACAGAGGAGAAAUGCUAUUGGCAACAGGGAUUUAUUGUAUAAAAUAUGCUGUGGAUACAAUGUGAGGACUUGAUUGUCAAUUACCAUAGUUCAUACCACUGGCAUUUCUUUUCCCAUUUGCCAGUUUUAAUUUGGCCAUCAUGAAAAUAAUAAAUUUUAUACUAUGGACCAUAGAGAAACAUUGGAAUUUUCAAGGUUUUAUUUUUGUGUAAACUUAUAGCAAAUAUGGAAAUGCCAAAGUAAAAACGUGUUUCAUCCAAAACAUGGAAAUUAAGGUAUUCAGAGUUACAACUGAUGCUCCAUCCUAAACUUGCUUCAUAGUGAGAGGGGGAAAUAAUGAUGGGAAAGCAAAACUGAGUGAGGAACAUACAGCAGUUUUAACUUUGAAUUUGGGGGCUGGUUUGUUUCACAAUCUCUGCUGUUAUUUGGAGUUAAAAUUUGCACUUAGUUGUCUAGUAGGCAGCAUGUGUUAUGUUGUUUUUAAUUUUAAAAGACUUGUAUAAAGGAUAAUAUUAGCCCCUAACAUCUCCUGUGGUUAAAUCUACAUACUAUUUAGGCAUUUUAAAAGAUACAAUAUUAUUUUACAUGAUACACCAGAAAAGGAGCUUUGGAUAAAUAUUAAGGCAGUUUUUAAAGAUGGCCUAGAUAUAUGUGUGUAUUGGUCUAAGUAAUAAACAUAUUUUGGAGUAUAAUAGUAUACUGGGUAAUACAUUUAUGUGAAAGUCAUGUUCAACAUGUACCUAGAAAUUCUGUUAUGGUCUAUCAUGUAAAAUAGAAAUUUAAAAUUGAGUAAAAACACAUAAUUUUUAUCCUGGAAAAUGCCUAGUUUGUUAUACAUAUUUUAUACUGUAUAAAUCCAUAUUUAUUCCCCUUUUUAUUAAGUUGCUUAUUGAGCUGAUAGAUCAUAAUCACUUUUUAAGAAGCUAUUAUCUUGUGUCAGUCUGAGUCACAUGCACCAGAUUUGGUGCUAGAAGUAGAAUCAUAGAAUAUCAGGGUUGGAAGGGACCUCAGGAGGUCAUCUAGUCCAACCCCCUGCUCAAAGCAGGACCAAGCCCCAGACAGAUUUUUGCCCCAGAUCACUAAAUGGCCCCCUCAAGGAUUGAGCUCACAACCCUGGGUUUAGCAGGCCAAUGCUCAAACCACUGAGCUAUGCCCCACAUGAGGUGCUUUUUUUCCCCCCUUGAUGCAUAAAAAUUUUCAGACCAUAGAAUUCAGUUUUUAACUUUUUGCCCCAAACACAACCAACACUAUAAUUCAGGAGAUCAAACUUCGAUUUUCAAUCCUGGUCUAGCUCCAUGGCCUGUUGUGGGCUGGGAGUGCCGUGGAUGCAGUAUAAGGAGCCACUGGAGAUUGAUUGCUUGAUUUCAACAGCCUCCAUGAACUAUUAAGAAAUUGUGUAACUCUGUCUCCUUCUCCUCUCCCUCCCCAAACACACAAUCAAACAAACAUCUGAAGGACUAUGUUGGGAUUUUAAAAAGUGAUGGACUACCUUAUUACCUGUGUAGUUAUGCAAACUAAGAAGAGACUUCAGGAUUUAAACUGGUCAUUUGUGGGUGAUUAUGAAGAGAUACUCUGCACUCCCUACGUAGAGAACACUUGAGCAACUCAACACAAGUGAAAUGCACAGAAUUGCACCUAACAGAACAAUAUUAAUAUACACACAUAUACUCCCAAGCACACCUAGUACAAUGUGACAUCAUGCCUUGAUUAACCUGUAGCUUCAAAGAAAAAAAAAAUCAAAAAGUUCUAAUAGUGAGGAAUAAAGUAUAAGACAGAGCUAAAGGGUAAGGAAAUAGUCCAUGUAAAAAAAGGGUUUGUACAGAAGAUAGGAGACUUCGAAAGAACUAAUUAUCAAGUAGAAUCAAUUGAAAAUACUCAAAAGAAGAAGGAAUAAACGGAGAGUAGAAUAUUCUACAUUCUGCUUGAACAGCGAAGUAGCAAGAAUUACAAAGCUAUGAGGAAAACUAGUAGCAAUGAGGAUCUUAUCAGUACACAGUAAAGAGGGGAAAUAAAUUGAUUAUGUUUGUGGACAUGUUACAAGACCAUUUCUCUAUAAAUUAUGGGCUUCAACUCCCACUGAAGUCAAUGGCAAAGCUCCCAUUGACUUUAAUGGCACUGAAUCAGGGCUUAUUAUAAGGAGGAUUGAAAAGGGUUUGCAAUGUUUUGUAACACAAAAGAUGACUGGUGAUAUAGAAGUGAUGAAGCAUCCCUACAUCACUAACUAAUAAAAAGCAGAAAAAUUCCUUUACUGCAGGAUGAUGCUCAGGCAAACCAAAAAUCACAGUUUCCUAUAAAACAGACCCAUAACAGAAUGGGUUUGGAGGACCAAGUGUAUUUUGGAGGGAGCAAAGCCUCACAACCUCCUUCAUCUAUGGAGGCAGACAUAAUCCGCAGAAGACUGCAUACUCCUCUGCAGGUCUCCAUUGCCCUGGUGAGCAAGAGCAGUGCAGUGUCACUCACAAAGGGCACACACUGGGAGUUAAUGUUGAGUUACAAGAAAAUCCUCAGCUUUCCCUGAUGUCAUGAAUUGUUUUUAAACAACCUUAAAGAGACUUGCAAUCACAGGAGUUAGUAACUCUGAACUUGGAACCUAUUGCUUCUUAGCUCUGCAUUUAGUCCACAUUUAACAUAGCUUUUUCUCAGGGGGCAUUAGUAAGAGGAGUAGCCUUCUCCCCAUCAAUUAAGAUUGAUAUCAUUGUGAUUGUUAGCCAAAAUGGCUGCCUGGGUAUUUCUGUGAAAAUUUUUGAAUAAUCUCAAUAAUAAAAUGUAUAGCUAGAUGUGGAUUUCACAACCUAAUUUAAAUUUUGGAGCUCUUAAAAAACCCCAAACAUAUACUUAUUUUUACAGAAAAAUUAAUGUGAAGACUCACCUAGUGCAAAAAUUAAUUGGCAAAAUUGUUUGCAGUGUUGUAACCAUGUAAAUUUAGUCAGUUUCUACCAGAUCUUAAUUAUGAGAUUUGAGGAUAAAACAAGUAAAGAAAAUGUUCAUGCCAUAAAUUCUACUAGAAGUCAAUGAGCAAGAAAAGACUAUCUAGUGAUACUGGAUAAUAAAACUCUUACUACUAUGUAAUCUUUGCUGCCUUGAUAGGGUUGUUAUUGCAAGUCAGAAAUUGAUACACAGUCCUCUCUUUUCAAUAUCCUAAAUUUUAUUAUUAUAUUUUAUAUCUAUAGAUAUAGAUAAUUAGGUUACUGAAAAGAGGGUUAUUAGGAAUUCCAGAAAACCCUAACCAUAUUUGGUAAUUGGGUAAGCAGAUAGUGGAUCAGAUUUAAUAUUAGUAAGAUGAAAGUAAUGCCUGCUCAGUUUUCACACACAAUUUUGGACUCUGGGUUGGCCAGACCAUCUCAGGUUAAAAACAGUGGCUAUGGAGGGAGUCAUCCACUCAAAGCAAUGCAGCCUUUAAUGUGCACUAUUAAAAUGUUUGAAUGAAGUGAGGAGAUUUAAAAUAUUGUAGUCCUCGUUAAUCAACAAUACAUUUGCAACUCAAGUAUUACUUUCAUUUUGAUUAUAGCAAUAGCAAUCAGUAGAAAUACUUAUUUUAGGAAAGACUUGAUGAGGAAAACCCAAAGAUUAAAUACAAGUAAAAUACAAAAGUUACACCUCUACCUCGAUAUAACGCUGUCCUUGGGAGCCAAAAAAUCUUACCGCGUUAUAGGUGAAACCGCGUUAUAUAGAACUUGCUUUGAUCCGGUAGAGUGCGUAGCCCCGCCUCUCCGGAGCACUGCUUUACCGCAUUAUAUCAGAAUUCAUGUUAUAUCAGGUCGCGUUAUAUCGGGGUAGAGGUGUAUAUUGAACUCCCUCUUGUGUCCCUGAAGUACCCUUUGUAAGGUAGAAUAGGUUGAACUCUUUAGCAAAUACAUUCUUUUAAAUGACCUCUUUUUCUGAUCUCCAUUUCAGUGCAGACCAAUUUUUAUUAAAAAGGCAAUAUUUUUUUUACUUAAAUGCCAUUUUCUUCCUGUGACAGUACUUGCUUUCUUUCAUCAAUGAUUCCUUGACAAAACCUUAUGCUAGAGUGGACUUAAAAUAUUGUAAGGUAAAAAGGUUCCAUGCUAUGAAGUGCUUCAAAAGUAUGGGUAUUAAUUUGUGACGACUGUGGUGUGUGUUCUUGAUUGAGUUAAAUGGGGAAAUUGUUAGGCCAUGUGUAGAUGGAAGUCACCAUUUACAUGGCUUUUUAAGAGUUUGGGGUGUGAAGAGAAAAAAAAAUACAGGUUCCAGUGCUGCAAGGCCAAAUCAUAAUAUAUGUAGGACGUCAACCUAUUACAGACUCUAUGUAAUUGUGUACAAAAAUGAAUAUAUAGCUACAUGGCAUACCUACACUGCCUUCAAAGCAUCAUGGAAAUGUAACAAAAGUAAUGUUUUCGAACAGGUUCUUCUGAUAAGCACAAAAAUAGCCAAAUUAACACUUGAAACAUAAUUUUAAAUGCCAUUGCUACUCAAAGACUUACAUGAGCAACCUGAAUAGAAAGUCCCUCUCUCUUGGAUAGUAUUUGCCUUAUUGGUAUGACAUAUCUCUUUAUAGCUGAUCAUAAUAUGUCUUUUUGUGUUAAAAUACAAUAUUAACAAGGUUGGGCUGUGGAAUUACCAGUCACUUGUGGCCACCAAAGAAAUAACAAAAAGUAAUAUCUUGCAUUGCUGUAAGUUCCUAGGAUAUCCGCAUCUGAUCCAUGAUCUGAAAUCAUGGUCCACGGAUAUCCACAUCCACCAAUGUGGAUAUCCGCAGAUUUGCAGGGCUCUACUUGCCAGGGGCACUGUACGUGAAGAGAGCCCAUUGCAGGCAAUAAGAAGAUAAGAAUCGCCACAGUGGGUCAGACCAAUGGUCCAUCUAGCCAGUCUCCGACAGUGGCCAGAACCAGAUGCUUCAGAGGGAAUGAACAGAACAGGGCAAUUUUCAGUGAUCCAUUUCUUGUCAUCCAGCACCUGCUUCUGUCAGUUGAAGGUUGCAUCCCUGACCAUGUCAACUAAUAGCCAUUGAUGGACCUAUCCUCUAUGAGGUUAUUUAAUUAUUUUUUGAACCCACUUGUAUUUAGGUUGUCUGUACAUUGUGUGAAGAGGUACUUCUUUUUGCUUGUUUUAAACACACUGCCUAUUAUUUCAUUGGCUGACCCCUGGUUCUUGUGUUAUGUGAAGGGGUAAAUAACACUUCCUUAUUCACUUUCUCCAUACCAUGCAUGAUUUUGUAGACUUCUAUAUCAUCCACCCUUAGUUGUCUCUUUUCUAAGAUGGACAGCCUAAAUCUUGUUUAUCUCUCCUAGCUGUUCUAUACCCCUAAUCAUUUUUGUUGCCCUUCCCUGUACCUUUUCCAGUUCUAAUAUAUCUUUUUUGAGAUGGGGUGACUAGAACUGCAUGCGGUAUUCAAGGUGUGGGUGUACCAUGAAUUUAAAUAGGGGCAUUAUGAUAUUUUCUGAUUUACUAUCUAUGCCUUUCCUAAUGGUUCCUAACAUUCUAUUAGCUUUUUUGACUGCCACUGCAUAUUUUUCAGAGGACUGUCCACAAUGACUCUCUUGAGUGUUAACAGCUCAUUUAGACUCCAUCAUUUUGUAUGUAUAGCUGGGAUUAUUUUUUCCACUGUACAUUCAUUUGCACAUAUCAAUAUUGAAUUUCAUCUGCAAUUUUGUUCCCCAAUCACCCAGAAGGAGACCUUCUCCCGUUGGUGUGGUUAAUCCACCUCCACGGUAGCUAUGUUGAUGGGAGACAUGCUUCUGUUGAAAUAGCGCUGUCUACACUGGAGGUUAGGUCAGUAUAACUAUGUCACUCAGGGGUGUGGAUUUUUCACACCCCUGAGAGAUGUAAUUAUUCUGAUGUAAAUUUGUCAUGUAGAUGUAUCCUUAAAUGCUCACAUAGAGAAGCAGGCGGUCCUCUAAAGUGGAAAUGAUCCCUGCUGAUCCUGAAUGAUGUUUUGUUGCCUUUACAUAUUAGGCAACAGUAAAAGCUUUUUCCACACAUUGGUUCAGAAUGAAAUACACUCCAAAUUCUGAACAUCAGGAAAUACAGAACACUGAAAAUAAACUAUGUUUGUCUCCUCAGUACAAUGACAUGAAAACAGGCACUCAGACUGUAUGUACCCUCGCUGAAACCUGGAAACACCCAUCAGCAGAGUUCUGACAACAUGAAAUGAAAACCAAUGGAAAUUCCCUUGAAGGCCAGUGAUGAGGACAGUCAGCUACCAAGAGUCCCCCAUCUCCCUCCCCGCCCUCAUUUGUGGCAAUGUUACUGUCUCCUGACAGAUGUUCAGUUAAUGUAUUAGUAGAUCAUUAAUGUGGACCAGCUUCCAUAUUGGAAUUGUACAGCCUCAUAUUAUAAUAGGGUUAGGAGCAAAGGGUCUAAACUGUGGGUGAGGUUGAGAGAAUAAAAAUAGUCAUUGUUGACUUGGCAGAAACCAAAUCACAAUAUCUUUACUUAACGCCUGCACUCAAAAUGAUGGAACAGGGAUUGUAUGCUAACUAGACAGAUAAUGAAAGGAACACCAUCAACUCUCAUCUAGCACUUUACAAAUGCGGGUAAGUAUCACCCCUAUUUUAAAGAUGAGGAAAGUGAGGCACGUGUAGAAGUGAUUUACGCAAAUUCACCCAGCAUGUUAGUGGGAGCAGCAGCAGCAGAAACUGAUCUGAUGACCUAGCCUCUGAACGACAUGGUCUAGUUCUCACACUGUGGUGACUUCUUAUUACAGACAACAAAAUACAAUAUACAACCAAACAAAACAUCAAAUUUGAGAUGCUACCCUAGACUCCCUUAAAUUCUCAAAUUUUCUCACACUGCACAGUCAACCUGUGGAACUCCUAGCCAGAGGAUGUUGUGAAGGCCAAGACUAUAACAGGGUUCAAAAAAGAACUAGAUAAAUUCAUGGAGAAUAGAUCCAUCAAUGGCUAUUAGCUAGGAUGGGCAGGGAUGGUGUCCCAAGCCUCUGUUUGCCAGAAGCUGGGAAAUGGGCAACAAGGAAUGGUUCACUUGAUGAUUACCUGUUCUGUUCAUUCCCUCUGAAGCACCUGGCAUUGGCCACUGUCGGAAGACAGGAUACUGGGCUAGAUGGACCUUUAGUCUGACCCAGUAUAGCCGUCCUUAUGUUAAUAUUCUUCAUUAAAAGGUAAGGAGUUAUGCAUGCACAAUGAGAGGUGAAUGUAGCCUUCAAUUCACCAGCUACACACACCAGUACAUGGAUGUCAUGACUCAGAGAUGAAAAAUCUUAACACCAAAGAAGCCACAAAGUUAAAAGCCAGGUAUCUGACAAUUAGGUUCACUCAGUGAUGCAGCUGUGCAACUAUAAGAGUUGGCAUGUUACGGAAGGGUGAUCAAGUUCUUUCUCAAACAUGCUGAGUCAGAAGUUAUAAACACAAAACAACUUUUCCUGGAGUCCUUCCAAUGAUCACACUGUUAUUUAUUGUACAGUUUGCCAUGCUGACUGAAGCACAUCAUAUCCGUGAUAUAUGGGAACCGUAGUGAGAUCAGUGAUGCAGAAAGAAACCCAGUGGAGAUUUUACCCAGCUCCAAGUUACCGGUCAUUGGUGAAGCUUGGUGUGCCAGAAUAUACCAGUAUUCACACCCUAUACACGAUUGUAAAAAUUUUUGUACAAGCCAUGUCUUGUCAGGUAUCAUUUAAAGACUCAAUUUGCUGACCAGUAAUAUCAUGAUAAAAUGCAUGUAGCAGCAUUAUAUUUGAAAUUAUAAAAAUAAGCUGAAAUCAUGACUAAAAGUAUGUUUUUCAGAUAAGUCUGGGGAGUGACUAAACCAGUUCCUCAGAGACAAAGGGCAAGCUGAUGCCUCAGCCAGGUAUAAACAAGGCUGAUGGGCCAUUACCUGCUAUGUGGCCAUUCUUUGUCAGGAAAGGGGGUAGAAGCAAAAAUCUACAUCUUAGCAAAGAAACAGCAUGGAGUUCCCUUCCACAUAGACUGCCUGUCGUCAUGCUUCAAGCUGAAAAUGCUUCUCAGAGGGGUGACAGGACUACAAAAGAAGGGGCAGAUACCCCUUUCUCUCUCCCUACCCAGAGCAUUCACUGCCCCUAAAGAGACAAAGAAAGCAGUCGUUGGACUCUAGGGGAGGGGUUCUGACCUAAAGAGUUUGGUCAGUAAGACUGCUGAAAGCAUGUGAAACUUUGCUUUGAAUCCAAUAUAGUUAGGUGAGGCACAAGUAAGCAUUUUAUCUUUGUUUCGCUUGUAACCAGUUCUGACUUUUAUGCCUCAUUAUUUGUACUCACUUAAAAUCUCUCUUUUUGUAGUAAAUAAACUUUAUGGUUUUAUCUAA